GGAGGCGCGUUAACUAAGCGGUAUCAAGUGAUACAACUGACAUUGUUUCCUUGGGUGAUUACGUUGAUAUAUUAGUGCAGUGAAAGUAUUCUGACACGACCCUGUUACGUCAGUAUUACAGCAUAAAAUCACGUUUAGUUCAUGGGCGUGUCUAGGUUAUUUUUUGUAUAGCGUAAUAUGAAUACUUAGCCAUCUAAUGAGUGUAGCUGCAUAUAUGCACAUCAGAUUAUGUGUUAGUAUUGGAAUAAGUGUUUCAAUCUACACCCAAUAUCGCAUACGAAUGAAUCAGAAACACACGUUCGAAAUAUUUGUGUAAAUAAAAUAUAUUUAUGAUUAAGAAUCGGAUUGUUAUGAAAUAGGGGGACUAAGUAAUUGAUAUUUACAGUAGCGGGUUAAUUAAUGAGGGAGAGAAAUAAUGAUUUGUAAACAGAAUUCCUCAGUUUUUGUUUCCUGUUCUUCAAGUAAAGUUUAUGAGGUAAAGAAUUUUCUCAUCUGAUUCAGUGACGUAUAUCUUUAUCCAUUUCUGGGAAAUAAUAAUAAAUCAGUUCUCCUUUCCAUUCGCGUGUGUUUUCUUCUCGUUUUAUAUAGUGAACUUGUAUUGUCUUCCAAACAAAGAACGCCUGUUUCCUUUUCUCGCAAAUCCAUCCAGUCUCAUUUUGAAGGCUUGAUGAUCUGUGGGUGUUACCUGAGAUCGUGCGUGUGUUGAUGAGGUUUCAGCAGCUCCACUUUUUGUGUUGCCAUUAUGAAGCUCUCCGGGGAAUCAUUGUUUUCACCUGGUAGCUCCCGCUGUAGUCGAUCACCACGUGGGCUCCCCAAGGCACCCCUCUCCCGGUCGACUCGGCCCCGAGACAAUAAAGCUAGUAACAGUAAUAGCGGCAGGGUGUACGGCGUCGUGGGCGUCGUGGCGCUCAGCUGCUACCUGAACGGUCUGACGGGUGAAUUCGUCCACGAUGACAUCCCCGCAGUCACGCAGAACAAGGAUGUGUUGGGACUCAGCCCCCUGAGCCAUGUGUUUCGUAAUGACUUCUGGGGCACAGCCAUGAGUGACGUGAACAGCCACAAGUCUUACCGGCCACUCACCACGCUUACCUUCAGAGCCAACUACCAGGUGUCGGGGCUGCAGCCACUAUGGUUCCACGUGUGCAACGUGCUUCUUCACGCGGCCGCAUCAUUGCUCUUCACGCGCGUGUGUCUGGCAGUCGCCGGACUUCAGCCAAAUUUCGCCGGGGCGGCAGGCAUCCUCUUCGCGGCGCAUCCUAUACACACAGAAGCGGUAACUGGGAUUGUUGGAAGGGCAGACGUUCUGGCUUGUGUGUUCUUCCUUCUCUCUGUCCUGGUGUACCACGGCCACAGUGGAGGGCCCGGCUCUGUGUCUGUGUGGAUGAGUGCUCUGCUGGGAGGCCUAUCCAUGCUGGCAAAGGAGACUGGUAUCACCGUAAUGCUGGUCAAUCUGACCUAUGACCUCUACAGAUCUUGGCACUUUAUAAAAAGGACUGUAGUUGAGGUCAGGUGGAACGAGGAGUCAGUCCACUUCUUCCGAAGAGCGGCCAAAGUGCUGAUGUCUCUAAGUUUGCUGCUUGUGAUACGACUCACCUUACAUCAAGGGUCGUUACCCAAGUUUUCGAAUCAGGACAACCCCGCUGCGUUUCAUCCCUGUCAGCAUGUCAGGUUCCUCACAUUCUGCUACCUGGCAGCCUUCAACUGUUGGCUGCUGCUGUGUCCCGCUACACUCAGCCACGACUGGCAAAUGGGCUCCGUGCCCCUCCUCACCUCUCUCUCAGACUCACGGAACAUCGCUACUUGUCUGUUCUUCGGUUGCUGUUUCCUUGUAGCCUACAGGGGCAUCGCAGACUUCGAGCAACAGAAACAUCCGCCCUUGCUGCUCGGGACGCUGUUCCUGGUGCUGCCUUUCCUACCUGCAGCGAACCUCGUGGUCACUGUGGGCUUCGUAGUGGCGGAGAGGGUCCUGUAUAUCCCCAGCCUUGGGAUGGUACUGCUCCUGGUGUAUGGGGCCCAGUUGCUGUGGGGCGUGUUCCUCCGCCAGAGGUCUCUGCUGCUGUGUGCGGGCAUCUUGCUGCUCCUCGUCUUCUGCGGGCGGACUGUGGCCAGGAACAGGGACUGGGCGUCCAGGCAGGCCCUCAUCAGGGCUGGCCUGAAGGCGCUUCCACGCAACGCCAAACUGCAUUACAACUUCGCCAACUUCCUGAGGGACACCGGACAGCUGGAUCUGGCCACUAGACACUACAGGGAGGCACUUAGACUGUGGCCCACUUACGCAAGUGCCCACAACAACCUGGGAACUCUGAUGAGUGGAACUGACGAGGCGGAGAGCCACUUCCUAGCCGCCAUCCGGUACUCUCCUAACCACGUGAAUGCGCACUACAACCUGGGACAAGUGUACCGAAAAGUGAACCGCAGCGAGGAGGCUGCUCGUAUGUUGGAGCGCUGUGUACGUCUCGACGCUGCGUACACUCCAGCCUACCUGCUACUGGCGAGGCUGUACCAGGGUCAGGAAGGACGGGGCCCUGCUGUAGGGCGUCUCCUCCGUCACGUAGCCCGCCUGCAGCCCAACAGCCCAGACCAUCUGGCGGAGCUAGCCGCCUGGCUUCAUGAGCAAGGUUAUAACUUGGAAGCUUUCUUUUAUUAUAACAAAGCAUUACGGAUAAAUCCAACGCAUACAGAAGCCUUGCUGGGGGCCGCUAAACUCCUUCGUGCCAAAGGACAAUACGCUAGAAUUCAUCAGUUCAAAUACAGGGUUCACUCUUCCAGAAACCGUAAUACAAAUCUCCCUGUUGGCGUGAUCACAAUACACACUGAAAACAAUUACUACAACAGCCUGAACAUGGAAGUGACGUCACGGCAAGAGGAUAAGUUGUGUCCAAAUAGUAAGGACGAUCUGCAGGAAGUGUCAGUGAAUGCAGAGGACGUUCCCAGCAUGGCUGACCACAGGGAACAGGGUUCGAACAAGUCACGACAGACGCGGUGCGGAACGGCCGCUGGGAAUAACCGCAGUAGAGGUCGAAGGUCUUCCCCACGCAAUUCCAGACCUCAGACAGCAACACGUAAUAUAAAAGUGGAACCGCCGUCUCUUCUGGUUCAGAAUUUACUGGAGACUCUAAAGUAGUGAAUGCGGCCAAUAGCUCUCUACCACAUUGUUAACUGAUUCCGCACGGUAAUUAUACAGCGUAAUCAUAUUUUAGAGGAAUGACUCUUUUAUUAAGUACGGUAUACUAAACGCUGCACGUAGACAAAAUCCAUUGAUUUUGGGUUGUACUAUCUAUAAUGAAACACAAAUUUGUGUUAUUAUUUUAUUAAUAUUCCUUUGUUCUGUUAUUUUAUAAUCGUGCUCUCUCUGUGAUUCGCCCUUGGCUGUUGAAUUCAGCGCGUAAAUAAAUAAACAACGUGAUAAAUUAUUAUUCCUAUUUAAUAUUUUUUCGAAGAGAUUUAAUUUCGGUAAAAUGACGUCAUCGUUUCUCACUGGAUGAAAGCAAGAAUGCGAAUAAUGAUAACGAUAAUGUGAUAAUGAUGCGAAUAAUGUUGUAUAGUCAGGCCACAGUUUCGAAUGUGUUGAACUUUUGUUAGUCAUUGCAGUACAGGUAAAAUAUUAACUCUUACCUAUGCUUAAUUAAGAACCUCAAAAUGUAGGCGAAUGAGGAGAUGGAGUUAUGGCUCCAGGUAUUCCCACCUCAGUAGUAGCUUGAGGUGAGUGGUAAGUUUCACGUCCCCGGUUCGUAUCACCUGAGGACAAGAGCCCUCAACACCCAAUAUACAGGGGACUGGUUUGACCGCAAAAUCGGUUUGGAGUUUUGUUGUUAAAAAUGAUUGAUCAAAGACUCAAUUACUGAAUUUAGAUUUCCACCAAAAACUGUAAACUUUGUCUUCACUAAUGCGAUUUAUCCGGCCAUAGCAUCCACACAUAACUUCGCCUGUUAUUAUCGUGAGCUCUUCUCUACGUUUAAAGGAUAACUACAGCCUAUAACUGUUUAUUACUAUGUUUCGUUUUCCCGCAAGGACAAAAAAAUUAUCGAAAAUUAAACCAAUCUCAUAUCACUAUGCUACAUCUGUUUUAUUUAUUGACUGCUACAUGUUUCGAUCAAUAUUUGGAUCAUCAUCAGGCAAAGUAAAAUAAAACUAU